CAUGGCUGCGCCCAUGGCGGCGGUCGGCGGCGGCUCCGUGACGCAGCGGCUCCUCCGGGGCUUCUCCCGCAGACUCAGCGGCGGCCGGGCCACGGCCGAGGAGCCCGAGGCGGCCGUGGUUAACGUCGUGUUCGUGGACCGGGAGGGGCGGCAGGUGCCGGUGCGAGGCAGAGUCGGGGACAACGUGUUGCACCUGGCGCAGCGGCACGGGCUGGAGCUGGAGGGUGCCUGUGAGGCCUCUCUCGCCUGCUCGACCUGUCACGUUUACAUCAGCGAGCCCCACUUGGGCCAGCUCCCGGCGCCUGACGAGCGGGAGGAAGAUCUGCUGGACCAGGCACCGCUGCUGCAGGAGAAUUCCCGCCUGGCCUGCCAGGUGCUGCUGAGCCCUGCGCUGGAGGGGGCUCACAUCUCCCUGCCCAGGGUCACCCGCAACUUCUACGUGGAUGGACACGUCCCCAAACCGCACUGACCGUGGGGGGGGGCCCCCCUCUGAAAACCCCCUGACCUCCCCCCCUUGAGCUCCCCUGACCCCAGAGUGGCACACCUGGAUCUGCCAGGUCCCCCUCAAAAAUUUUUAUUUAAUUUUAAAUUUUAUGUAAUCCCCCCCAUUCCCAUCUGAGUUCAUCCUCAAAUUUGGGGACACAUCCCUGAGCCCCCUUGGACCCCCCAGGGUGGGUGACAGGGUGACCCACACCUAAUUUCUGUGGUUCUGUAUUUGGGAUAAUGAGAUUUGAUUUGUUAAUUACAAAUUGGUUUUGUUAGCAUGGUGGUUUCCAGGGCUUUGAUUUUGGGGUGGGGGUUCCUGUCUCGUUCUGGGAGGUUCUGUCCCUUUUUGCGGGGUCCAAAAUAACAAAAAAACACCCUCUUGCCUCCCUGCCUGGGGAUGCAGGGCCAGCAACACCUCCUGGAACGAGAGCACAACUCCUCAACUCCUGUCUCAAACACACACCCGUGCCAUGCUCCUACAGCACAAGAGAUGAAAGAGGGAAGAACAAAGGCAGGAAAGCCUGUGUGCCUUCCCCGAGAGUACACGUCUCCCUCUCACUUGCAAUAACACCAAGGCACAGCAUCACUUUGAUUUAGAGAAGCGCUUCUGAAGGCAAAAAUCUCCACACCCCACUUGAGCCAUGGGAAAGCACAAGCAGAAGGGAAAACAGAGCACACAAAAUACCCCCUAAUUCAGCACCAAAAAAACCCCAAACCACUUACCACUCUCUACAACUUCCUGAAGGGUAGCUGUGGUCAGCUGGGGCUUGGCCUCUUUCUUCAGGCAACAGCGGGCAGAACAAGAGGACACAGUCUCAAGCUGUGACGAAGGAGAUAUAGGCUGCAUAUUCGGAAAAAAGUUUUUCACUGAAAGAGUGAUAAAGUACUGGAAUGGCUUGCGCAGGGAGGUGGUGGAGUCACCAUCCCUAGCAGUGUUUAAAAAAAGACUGGAUGUGGCACUUGGUGUCAUGGUCUAGUUGAGGUAUUAGAGAUGGGUUGGACUCGAUGGUCUUGAAAGUCUCUUCCAACCUAAAAAUCCUGUGAUUCUGUGAGCAGCAAGUCCCCUGUACCCCUGCCCUCACGCUUGGAGCGGCAGCAGCUGCCAGGUGUGAACUAUUACGUUAAUGAGGGCUCAGAGCCCUGGUGAGAGCGGAGGCAGGUGUGAGGUGUUAGGACAAUGGGGAGGUGGCUCCUGCCAGGGCUGGUUUAAGAGGGGAAUCUCAGGUCACUUUGGUGUGGAGUUGUUGGAGAUGGGGGGGUUGCUGGUGGGUUUCCCCGGUGUGGCUCCUGAAACAGCGGUGAGCUCAUCUUCCAGGGUCUGGGCGAGCCCCUGGAUGCACUCGGAUGCAGAGCAUGGCUUAAAGGAGGUGCCAAGGGGCAGAGCUUAGUGCCAGGCAGCAGCAGCAGGUGAGUCUUUGUGGGUUUGUAUUGGUGGGACUUUUAUCCUUUCCCUUUUCAAUUUUGUCUUGUCCAUCCCUCCCUGAUUCCCCCAUUCAAAAAUAGGGGUUGGCAGGGAAAAGAAAGCUUGAAUGGUGGGAAGAAACUUCUGUUCUUGUCUGUGUUUAAUGUGGGGGUUAUUCCCCUUCAGGUGGGAUUUUCAGGGUCUCGACUGGAGGAGUACUUGGGUUUUCCAGGGUGUGAAGGGUAUACUGGUGAGAGGGAAUCCCUGGGUUGUAUUGUAAAUGGAAGGGGGGGAAAUAGGGUCGUAUUAGGGGUCUGAAGGGAGGGUAAGGUCCCAUUUUCAUCCUGCUAAGGUUUAAAGUGGGAGGGAAGCCCUGUUUUUUUUCCUUUUAAAGUGUUUGCGUAGAGGUGAAAAACUUCCUUUUCCCCCUCAUUGGAGGGAUUUAAUUUUCUGUUGUUGUUGGGGAUGAAAUGGAAGGGGAGAAUCCAUUUAUUUGCCAUUGUGUUAUUUUAAGAUAAGGGCAACUUGGCUGGCAGAGGCUUGGGUGUUUUGUUCAAUUCAGUUUUUUAGAUAUUUUUUUUCUGUUUAGCAGUCUUUAACAAUUGAUGGUGCCGUUUUAUUUUGUAUGUCCAUGGCCUACGGUAAGGGAUACGGUCUGUUUACUUAAGGUUGUAUUUCUUAGCAGCAGUACCUUUGUUCCGAGCGGGAGUAAAGCCGGGUAUCUGCAGUAAAAGUCAACGGAGGGAGGCGAGCGGCAGACCGAAGCAGCGGUUAUCGCUUAGGUCUCCCUUUCAGGUUUGGAUCCGGCAGCCUGGAAGCAGCCGCAGGCAGAGAGCAUCGGGACGCCCACGGCGCCGAGGCGUCGUUUUCCGUCCAGGCCGGAGUUUGUGGGCUCAUCUUCCGAAAGCUAAGUGUCGGGGAUGGGGGUGAGGAGAAGAGGAAAAAGGUUUUCAGUGGCAGGAGGCAAUUCAAAGCUAGCUUAGGGCAGAGGGCCCUAGAGGGCCAGAGGCCCGGUAAGUAAAGGUAGAGGGUUCAUCCUGGGCAUCAGCAGAGCUUUUGCUGGGCAGGGCAGUGGCAUCCCCUGUCUGCGUUUUAGGGAGCCGGGCGUCAUCUGCCCGGUUGGAGUCCACAGGGUUAGGGUGCAGCAGGGGAUGGGCAGCCCACGCCGGGAUCCCCGUGCCAGGAGCGUCUGCAGUUGUGAGGCGUAGGGUGGAGCAGGAGCACUUGAGAGAGACCCAGCGAGGCUGAGGGAGGGCUCGAGAGGUGAGGGAGUGUCAGGCCAGAGAGCAGGAGGUGAAAGUAAGGCGUAGAGGCUAGGAUGCAAGUUUGAGCGCAGGUGUAUGAGCCCUGAGAAGUGUCCUGUUUCCCUGAGAGCAGGUGCAGGCAGCCAGGCUGUGGCAGGCCAGUGGCAGAAGAGCCGAGAGGGGCAGGCAGGAAGCGUUAGUGGGGAGCAGGGUCCGCAGGGCCGGGUCUAACCGGGGGUUUCCCGCCCCGGCCCACCCUGGGAUCUCCUGUCUCCCCGCAGUCGAGGAUGUCUCCUCCCAUUCCUCGAGGCGGCGGUUGGUAAGGCUUCGUGCCUUUGCCACCGCCAAGAGCGCGGCUCUGUCAGCCUCUGCCCUGUCUCAGGGCCAAAGUUAGUUAGGCUAGGGAGAAACUGUGGAUGACUCGUCCUGCCUGCAGGACAACUCUUGGGACCCUGGAUCAGGAGCAUCCUCGACUGCUAGCAUAGGGCCUUAGAGAAGUAGGGUGAAGCAGGGCACUUGAGAGAGACCCAGCGAGGCUGAGGGAGGGCUCGAGAGGUGAAGGAGCGUCAGGCCGGAGAGCAGGCCAUGAAUGUAAGGUGUAGAGGCUAGGAUGCAAGUUUGAGUGCAGGUGUAUGAGCCCUGAGAACAGUCCUGUUUCCCUGAGAGCAGGUGCAGGCAGCCAGGCUGUGUCAGGGCAGUGGCAGAAGCGCUGAGGGGGCAGGCAGUAGGGCUAGGGCUAGGCAGGAAAUGAGGAGGGGGGGCAGAGUCGACUGGGUUGGGGUUGAGCAUGGGAUGCCCACCCUGGUAUCUCUGUCCUGCUGCAAUCAGGGAUGUCACAGCCCUAGUGGAGGCCAGGGUGGGUGAGUGGGCUUAGCAUCCAUCAUGCCACCAAGACUUUGUCUGUGCAGGUGUCAGGCUGUGAAUGAAGCCAAAGCGAGCUUCCCAAGACUCUGGGCAUUGUUAAGAGAGGGGGAGCCUCAGGAUCGGUGUUUUUUGGCUGAUGUGCUGCAAAGUUCAUGCUUUAAUGUUUGGUUUUCUUUUUUAUAGCUGAGGAAGAGACACCAGGCUGGUGACAGCAGGACUUUCCCAGAGGGCGAGACGGCAUUCCUUGGCACCGGAUGUGGAUGGCGAAUCCCUGGACCUCCCAGAGCUAAGUGGAGGGCUGGAGGCACAGAGGGGAUGAGAGCAGGGUGCUGGGUUGGGAGUUGCUGGGGGGAAUUAUUGAGUCUGGUUUGGCUAGGGAGAUGUGCAGCAUGUGAGCCCUUAGGGCACCUGAAGGGCAAGUGUCAUUUUUGCUGGCCAUGCUGAGCUGUGCAGGGCAGAGCAGUCCUGGGCAUGUGGUGUCUGUUGGGUUGUCCACUCUGUGUCUGUUGGGCAUCUCAUCUUUCAGGUCUUUUGCUGUAGCCCCCCAGGGGGUCUGUAGGGAACCCUGGCAUUUGUGUUAGCAUUUCUGAUGUGUGUCUUCCUGAGCCCAGCAGCUUUGAUGGGAGAGCUGGGACUUGCAUCUGAAUCUUGUCUCCCUUUAGAGUCAUCCAGUGUGAUGUCUGUUCAGGUCUUGUUGUGAGCUGUACGGACAGCUGUGCCCUGCCACGAUCCAUUUUGGCAGGUUAGGACUUGUUAGAAGUCCAAGCUAGGUCUGGGCUUGUGAGCGGAGGAGUGUCAGGCAUCCAUCUUUGUGAUUCUUGAAGUGAUUCAUCUUGUUAGCAUCAUCUUCCUGCAGGGUUCUGUGAGCCUGGCCAGCUCACCUUGGUUGUUGUUGUUCCAUUUAUCAUCUCAUUCUGAGUUCUCUCGGUCCUCCCGGUCGUUCUUCUUGCCGAGAGCUUUUUGUUGUUGUCUUGUCCCCUGGUUUGUGGUGUCCUGCGUGAUGGGUGUUGUGGCGUGUCUGUCCUGGAGCUGCUCUGCCCUGCCGCAUGGGUGGGUGUAGGGGUAAUAGAAGAAGCCCCUGGGGCCUGAAGUGGGUGAUGUCAGGUGGAGUUGUGGUGUGGAGGGCAUUCGUAGGUUGGCAGCAGGUGCGUGUCGCUGUCAAGUUGCCAUGCUGCAGUGUGACUUUGUUCCUGUGUAUGUUUCAGAUGCGGAUGGAUUCAAUCUGUGGCAGAGUGGCCCAUUCUGCUUGAGGGGGUUCCUUUGCGAAGGAACUGAAGUGGGCUGUCAUCUGUCAAAGUGAAGCGGAGCAGGAGAUGUCACUUUCCACGGAGCUGCCCUCAGCAAGCAGAGGAUGGAUGCAGUUUGCCUGUCUCCUGAGACCUGUGGGGAGCAGUAGAGGAGUGUGUGAUGAAGCCUUGAUAUUUUCCAUUUGAAGGUGCCAUCCAGCCAGGUCCACCCCGUGAUGACGGCAGGGGGCUCGGAGCGCGGCCGAGGCGUGCGGGACGAGGACGUGGGUAUUCUUAGGAGACGCUGAGGAAGAGACAGCAGCCCGGUGGUGGCAGGACUUUCCCAGAGGGUGAGGCGGCGUUCCUUGGCACUGACGUGGACGGUGAUCACCGGACCUCCCAGAGCUAAGUGGAGGGCUCAAGGCACAGAGGGAAUGAGAGCAGGGUGCUGGGUUGGGAGUUGCUGGGGGGGAUUGAGUUCAGUAUGGAUCUGGAGAUGUGCAGGAUGUGAGUGCUUAGGGCACAUGAAAGGCAAGUGUCAUUUCUGAUUGUAAUGCUGAGACAGGCAGGGCAGAGCAGUCCUGGGCACGUGGUGUCUGUUGUCCACUCUGUGUGUGUCGGGCAUCUCAUCUUUCACGUCUUUUCCCAUAGCCCCUCAAGGGGCCUGUGGGGAACCCUGGGAUCACUGUUAGCAUUUCUGAUGUCUGCCUUCCUGGCUCCAGUGGCUUUGACUGGAGAGCUGGGACUUGCAUCUGAACCUCAUCUCUGUUCAGAGUCAUCCAGUGCGAUGUCUUUUGAGGUCUUGUUCUGAGCUGUACGGACAGCCGUGCCCCGCCACGAUCCAUUUUGGCGGGUUAGGACUUGUUAGAAGUCCAAGCUAAGUCUGGGCUUGUGAGCGGAGGAGCGUCGGGCAUCCAUCUUUGUGAUUCUCGGAAGGCAUCAUCUUGUUAGCAUCCUCUUCUUGUAGGGUUCUGUGAGCCUGGCCAGCUCACCUUGUUUCUUCCGUUUGUCAUCUCAUUCUGAGUUCUCUCGGUCCUCCCGGUCAUUCUCCUUGGGGAGAGCGUUUUGUUGUUGUGGUGUCCCCUGGUUUGUGGUGUCCUGUGUGAUGGAUGUUGUGGUGUUGGUGUGGCUUUGUCCCAGAGCUGCUCUGCCCUGCCGCAUGGGUGGGUGUAGGGGUAAUAGAAGAAGCCCCUGGGGCCUGAAGUGGGUGAUGUCAGGUGGAGUUGUGGUGUGGAAGGCAUUCGUUGGUUGGCAGCAUGUGUCACUGUCAAAUUCCCGUGUUGCAGUGUGACUAUUUUCCUGACUUUGUUUCAGAUGCAGAUGGACUCAAUCCAUGGUAGAGCGCCUCAUCCUGGGAAGUGAUGGUCGACGUCAGCUCUCAAGGUGAAGUGGAGCAGGUGAACCGUGAUUGUUGGAGAGAAGCAGUUGCUAUUGCUGAAGUCUUACUUGAUCAUGCAUGUCUAAGCAUCCCCUUUUGUGUUUUAUGGGGUCUGCUUGCAUGACGCCAUUCUGUCACGAACCAGGUGCCGGUUUCUGUUUGGAAUUUUAGCUGGCUGCCAUCCCUUUGCUGGCCCAUAGCCUUAGACAGAAACAGUGUCCCUUCUCCAUGGGCAUGCCAAUUCACCCUCCCCUGUUCCUGAUGUGAUUUUGUAGGAGGCAUUUGGCACUCCAAGUUAGACAUGUAAGUGUUGUCUCUGCCAGCUUUUGCCAGCCCUGUAAGCCUGCUUCCCUUCCCUUUCUGCAGCAUGUGUCUGUCCUGGUCUUAGGAUUUGUGCAUGCUUUGAAAAGGAAUGUUUCAUUUAGCAUUGAUCAUGGGCAUUGCUGAGCAAUUGUGUCUGUGUCUUCUUUCACACAUGAACUCUUCACCACUCGAUGGGGACUCUCCCAGACAUUUUAUGAUUGAAAUCUGUUCACCCAUGAGCGAAGAACACAAAGGGCAAGAGGUGUUUCUGCCUGUCCUGUUUUUUUUAAGGUGUAGGUGAAGUCUAAUCUCCAGUACUCUCUGCCAUGCAGCUCCUUUGGCCUGUCCCUCAGUCCUUGAAGUAAGCACGUGUAAAAGCUGGGCCAAGUUUCCCUGCACAGUUUUAGUUUGUCUGUUGCAGCCCUGAGCAGGUGUCUAAAAUAAGUAAAACCCCCCUGGUGCCUCCGUCUCCCCCCUGGGCAGGGAUGCAGGGGCAGCAGCACCCCUGAAACGAUGUCCCAAACGGAGAGCCUUCCCAGGCCCCUGGAGAAGAGCUUGUGAAAAGUGCAUAUUAUAUGGCUCUACGCAAGAUAUUUACUAUAUGUGUUGUGUUGUGUUAAUUGUUAAUGUUGUAUUAAUAUUUUGAUAGUAUAGUAAAUGUAGUUUUGUAGUUAAAAUGUAGUUUUUAUGUACCAACCACCGGAAAAUGUAAAUCUUUGAAAGAAAGAAAGAAUUUACUACUUCCUUAUCAGAAGAGACCAGCUCCUCCUGCUUCUCUCAGCCUGGUGGACGCCAUAGAGAUUAAAGGAAAAAAGUGAUACUAACCAUAGACAAUUCUUUGUUUGAAUAGAAUUUAUAUAUAUGCGUCAUGUAUAAAUUGUAUGAAUAUUGAACAGGCUAUUGCUUUUAAGAGAUAAUCCUUUGUUAACAGGGGUCCUUCUCCAGAGCUUGUGGCUCGGGAGAGGUACCCAGACGUCUGUAACUUUGUUUUUGUUGUCUUGUAUUGUCCUAAGUCUAAAACUGUUCAAUUUUUUUACUCUAAUUCUAUUAUUAUAACCAUCUUAUUUACUAUUAAACUUUUAAAAUUUUAAAAGAA